GUGUGUGUGUUUGAGAGAGAGAGAGAGAGAGAGAGAGAGAGAGAGAGAGAGAGAGAGGCAUGCAGUCUGAAGGAGAGAGAAGAGGACAGUGGUGUGUAUCUGUCCCACUGCUCUCCACCUCUCUGUUCAUCUCUCCAUCGCUCCUCCAUCUGUCCGUCCGCCGGUCCCGUCUCCUGCACUGUCGGUACAUGACGGAUCCAGGGGAGGAUGUUGAAGUUCCGUGUGGACAGGAGAGUCAGUCAACAUGACCCCAGUAGACCAGCUGGACCAGCAGUGAGCCCGAUCCAGCUGGAAGAGCCUGCAACCAUACACUCCUAUCUGCAGCACUGUGAUUUGGAUAUGAAUGGGAAGGUGAAUACUAAUGCUGAGAAGAUCACUCACUCCAAAAGUGCAAAUAUGGUGUCAGACCUGUCCCCAGAAGGCCAGCCUUACACCCGGAUGUCUCGUACUCCCAGAGGUACUCCCAGAACGGCAGCCACGUUUGGGAAGCGCUCCAACUCUAUGCGCAGGAAUCCCAAAGCCGCAGUCAGCAAACAGGGAUGGCUGUACAAGCAGGCCAGCAGUGGAGUGAAGCAGUGGAACAAGAGGUGGUUCGUCCUGGCUGACAGAUGUCUCUUCUACUACAAAGACGAGAAGGAGGACACGGUGUUAGGGAGUUUGCCGCUGCUUAGUUUCCGAAUUGGAGGAGUGGAGCCUUCGGAUAACAUUACCCGCAAGUUUGCCUUUAAGGUGAAUUCGGAGAAAGAGGAGGGUGUGGACGACGAGUUGAAGGAUCCUGUUGUGUUUUGCAUGCAGGCGGAGCACGCCGGCACCAGGACAUACUACUUCAGCGCAGACAGCCAUGAGGAACAAGAAGGGUGGAUCAGAGCUAUGAGCGAGGCUGCAGAGGUCAUCAUCCAGCCAACACAAAGAAUGAACUCGGACGCCACAGAUGACGUCAACCACACCAUGGUGACCAAGGCACCCAACCCACAGACCCCGCAGCAUCCACACACACAAGCACACAAUGAAACGGACAAUGACUUCCCCUCCUACCCUAAACUCAACGGGGUGAACAGCCUUGAUACACCCCCGCCCUCCACCCCCUGCUCCGACCAGGAGGGCACAAAGGACUACGGCAGACGAGGAGAAGGCGGCGGAGACGGCGAAGAUGAAGGCGGAGGACCUGGUCCUGACCAUGCCCCUCACCCGAGUCAACAUCCAAACGGUUGGAGCAACCACGGCACUCGCAAUGCCGCACCCCAUAACAGCAACAGCCAAGCCCCGCUCUCCAGGAGUCACAGCGGACGCCGUACCCCUCAGGGACAUCUUGAGGGGGGUGUCGGCCUGAUGAGGGACCCAAGGGAGCAGCAGGAAAAUGUUGUGCUGAGGAGGGGCUUUGUGCCGCGAACGGCUCCAGAGAGGGUGGCCCAGAGGAAGAGCUCCAUGGCCCAGCUGCAGCACUGGGUCAACCAGCGGCGGGGCAUGGCCUCACAGGAGGACCUCAACAGCCCGUCUCGUUACUACCCAGUGAACCGGGGGGUCCCUGGUGACUACUAUGGCUACCCUGGUGGCCCCCAGUAUGUGGAGGAGUACGCCUUGUACCCGCCGGGGGUCCGACCCGACAGCAUCUGCUCCGUCUCUACUGCGGGUGGCUACGACCGGCGCUGGACUGUUGAGGAGAAGCGCCACUCGCUGAGGGACGGACCACAUCAGCUGUACGGACCCACAAUGCCCAGGGAGCAGUGGAGGCCGCAGUGCUAUGGUGGAAUGGAAACAUCCAUGAGACGUCUGUCCAUCCAGCCGCGCUCCAGGUCCGUGCCCAGGUCUCCGUCCUCGUCAUCCUACUCGCCCAACUUUGCCUCACCGGCCCGGUCGCCGUCUGCCCGCUUUGACCGCUUUCAGAGGGGGAUGAGGGACGACGUGAUCUAUGCUGAUCCAUCCGUCUACAGCCUGCGUAGAUCCCUCAGCUCGCCCAAGUAUGACUACCCUGGUGAUAGGAGGUCCUUAAGCCAAGGAUUAUACCACUACAACUACCCUGUAUCCCCUUCCAUCCACAAUAAAAUGGAGGACAUGUUAGAUCUACAGCUGCAGCGCAACCUGGAUUACUUAGACCAACAGGUGCUCGAGGGAAGCCACCUAAUUGGCACGGUUCGCAGAAUGGUGGAGCGCUCAUCCUCAACAGCAAAGCUCUGUAUACAAGUACCUCCCUUCCAUGAUGUCUACAGCAGAGAGUUACAUCCUACACUGAAGCUCAACGAGAUUGAAACCAGUAAACUCUUGGGUCGACUGUGUGAGCAGAGCCAGAUUCUGAAAGACCACGAGGCUGUUGUCCACCGACUGAGAAUGGACAAGGAUAGCCUAGAGGAGGCGCUGGUGGCAACUCAUCAGGAGAUGGAGCUGUACCAUAACCAGCCGUUGGCCAUGGAGAAGCUGCGAUUCAAAAAGGAGACCCUGCAGAACCAGCUCAUCAACAUCAGAGGGGAGCUCUCCCAGGCCUCCAGUGCUUUAACCACCAAUCGUAUGGAGUUUGAAGCAUUGGAGGAUGAGGCCAACGCCAUUCAUGGAGAUCUAUGGGAGCAGCUUAAUGCAGGAGGGCAGAGUGAACUGGUCCGUAGGCACAUCCAGAAAGAGUUUUGGAGAGUCCAGGAUGUAUUGGAGGGACUGCACAAGAAUAACUCAUCCAGAGGCACUGACACAGCCAAGCACAGAGUGGCCAGUGGUGCAUCAGGCUCCUUUAGCACCAAUAGUCCAGCCAGUCCCCUGAGCUCAGUAAGCCUCACCAGCCCGCUCAGCCCCUUCUCCCCAGUGCCCGGCUCCCAGGCCUCCCCCACCAAACAGCUGGGCCCGGAGGAAAGUGUUCCCCCAAGGCCUCCCCUCCCCAAGUCCUAUUACCCUUUGGAGCCCUCCCCUACCUUUCCUCCCUCCGUCCCUCCCCUGCCCUUUGACAGCGCCACCUGGCUACGCAGCUUGGGCAUCGAUGACGGUUACCUUGAUGGUGAAGAUUCUCACAUCAGAAAGCCCAAAUUUGGAGAACACAACAACAUCAGUGACAUGCAAGACCAGGUCCAGGAUAGACAAUCCACCAUGAAUAAAGUUGGCAUUGUCCCUCCUAGAACGAAGUCCCCCACCGACGAAUCACACAGCAGCUCUGCUAGAGUUUCCCGCCAUAAUGGCAGAGUGCCUAAUGGAAUCUCUAGGGAGCGGCCGAAGAGCGCCGUGUUUCCAGCGGAGCUGAAGUCGAAGAUGAGCGUGCAGGAGCAGAAUGAGCGAAUCCGACGCAACCAGAGCAGCUCUGUGAGGGAAAAGAGGCGGAGUCUAAACCUCUCAGGUGGCCAGUCUCCAUCCAACUACAAAGUGAUCCGUAGGCGGCUUACAGCUCACGAGAUUGACAUCAAAGACCUGGAGGCGGCAGUUCGAGGCCCGGGGCAGGAGUCACCUCGGCAAGAGAUCGCUCGUCUGAGACAGUUAAAGGCUGAACCAGAACCCUACGACCUGGACCUCAGCAGAGAGGUGCAUUUGUUCCAGCUGAUGACUCCGGACAAGGUUCUGAUCCCGGAGCGCUACCUGGACGUGGAGGACAACACUCCUCUCAGUCCCGAGGAACAGAAGGAGAAGCAGAAGAAAGUGGAGCGGAUCAAGACCCUCAUUGCCAAAUCAAACUUGCAGAACAUGGUUCCUGUGCUGGAUGGCCCUGUGGAUGGCGUGGCUCCAGCCAGCUCCCAGCAGCAGUUGCAGGAGCAGGAGAAACGUAUCGAGAUCUCCUGUGCUCUGGCUGCCGAGGCCUCUCGUCGCAGCCGCCUUCUCUCCGCCCAGUGCGCCCCCAGCACCCCCACCUCCCCGACCAGCCUGGCCCCUCCCCCUUCCUCUGCUGACUUCCCCAACUCAGCCCGCACCAUGAUGGCGUGAGUCAUGCAAGCUCAAGCCCUGGCUGCUGUCAAGUUUGAUGGAGCAUCUUUCUGAGGAUUCACCGGACAAACUACAACAAAAGUACGGAAAGCUGUCAAAAGAGGUUCCUAGGAGGCAAGAGCCAAUUUCAAAUCCCAAAUGGAAGCUAUACAGACUUGUAAGCUCACCUUCCCCAGUUCCAUCCAACUCACGACGGUCUCCUGCUAUGUGUGCUCUAUGGCACCAAGGAAGGUUCUAGAUCUCCUACCAGCUUCAAGGUGUGAAACAUUUCUCUAUAAUUUUGCUCAGGACAUAAUCCACAAAGAAGACAUUACAGAUGAACUGCAGUAAGAUGGUGAUGAGAUAUUUUACACGCAUAAAGACAAAGUGUACAAAGUGUACAGUGCCCACACUGAAGAGUAAGAGGGAACAGAGCUGCAGAGAUAAAUCAAGAGAAAGAGUUCGGGAUGAGGCCAGAUGGACGUCUCUGAGGUUGACUGGUAGACAAAAGCUUCACAGACUUAAACCUACAGAGAGGCUUUGAACAUGCUUCUGGACACUAAAGGCCACAAUGAUGUUUCUACUGUAAUCAUCUAAUCUCCAUAUCAGCUUUUGAAAACCACCAUGGCUUGUAGCCCAGUGAGGAGUGGUGGUCAGUGACAGACAGAUUGACAUAUUCUGACACUUUAACAACUGAGCAAAAUAAGAGUGAAGCCUCUCAUCCUUUGUAAAAAAAAACAAAAAAACAAAAACAAACUGAGGACUCCCAUUCUGAACUCACUGUGAUGCCUGUCUCACCAAGACCUUCACCCCAUUCCACUUCUCCCAUCCCAUCAACAUGGUCAGGUAUUAAUUACACUCAUGUGCAACCAUUGGUACAUACAUUUGAUUGGGUUAAACGUAAUGUCACCUGGAUUACGUUUUGCUUCACUGCAUCGCCCAUCUUUCACACCAAACACACAAAAGCCAACCCCUUCUCAUUCCAACUCUUCACAUGCUUUCCUUGGAUUCCUUUCCAGUGGCCCUUAGCGUCAGAUAGUGACAUACAAGGCACCCUUUAGCAUCUGUAUGGGACGCACUUGGCAGAGCAGCAGCUCGGAUAAGGCUCUGUAAGAUGACAGUAUUUCUUUCACCCAGAAUACUGGGGCUCGUGUCCCCCUUCUUGUCCCACAUGUCACUUAAAUGUGCAUUUCUUUAACCCCUGCACGUUGAAAAAUGCCGCCAAGGGGUACCGACCCAGAGUGUCAAAAGUUAAAACCAAUAGGGUAGGGGUUGGGAUUGGAAGUGUGCUGAAAGAGCACAGUUUGUUUUAAGGCAGAGCUGAAGAUAAGGAGUAUUACGUCAACCAUGACCCAUUUUACAAAGCUGCUCAUGGCAACACCUUGUCCUACAUUUGUUUCAGAGUGUUGCAUACGUGAACCCCAAUAUUAAUUUUCUAACCUGGCAACCUCACCCCCUUUACUGACAUACUUGUAAGAUCUAGAGUAAAGCCCCUGCUAUACUACAAAAUGAACAGCUCUGUGUGUACGCAGAUUUGGUCCAGCCAACAUGCUUGUAGGCAUAUAUGAAGUUUGCGUUUUCAUACAUUUUAAACCGCAGUCUGUGUGGAUUGUGCCAGUUAUGUUACCUUGCAUGCCAGCUGGAUUCUCGGGGUCUCGCGACCGAUUGCCAAGCAACAAUGGCGGACGUGAUAGACAGAUCAUAGUUAGUUCAUCCAGUCACCUGCCAGGUAUUUUUUUGAGGUGCUUGCCCUUUUCCAAACAGUGGCUUCUUAGAUGGUUCUAUGUACCAUCUGUGCAGUUGAUGACAUGUAUGUCACACUCUUUUCUACAUUAAAAUAGGCAUCUCACAGCCUCUACCUGCUGUCAAUGCUGUCAAUGCUGCAAUGCCAUUGGUAAGAGUCAGCUUAUUUGGGGGUCAACAUUCAAUUCAGUUGAAUUUUUGCCAAAAAACGAGGAGGAAAAUCAAGGCAGUGCGCACAGCUAGGACUCUACUUGCUCUUUGUUGUGUUGACUUUACUAUGAUGUGAAAGUCAUUCAAAUUGUAAAAUUGAAAUCUUAUACUUAUUUUUGUUGAAUUAUGGGCAUUUCAUCUGUAUGAUGGAAUGUUGUUUGACACUGAGACAGACACAUUUACUGUGGUUGGACUCACUUUCUGUACGGUUCUGUCCAGAGUGAAGUGUUCAAACCAGAGAUGUCAGACACCAAGUGACAUGCUUUCCCCUAAUGAGGUGGACCAAACAUUUUAAUAUGGAGAAUAACACAGUGGAUAAGCAGUGGAUUAUAUACUUAGGGAUAUAAUGUGUAUUUCAACUAAUACAAUGGCUGCUUCAAAGAAACAGCUGGCUCACACAAUAUUCUGUCAUAGAUGAAAAGAAGCAUCUUCUCGAGGCUACAACAAAGCCUAAAGGGAGAGACAGUUACUGCUCAAAGAUGAGGGUGAAUAUGAGUCUGGAAGCCUUUUCCUGAUAGAACAUUUUUAAACCUCUAAUUUUUGUAAACCCUCCUACCUUUAGACAAAGAUGGUGGUCAUCUGGAGGUUAGACAGGGAAAACGUCGGACUAAUAGAAAGAAAUGGGAUAGGUACCAGGGACUCUUGUGUUGAACGCAUAUACUUACAGAGCCAUCCACCUGCCUGACCUCCACACCAUCGCUCUAUAUGACGUAUGUAUGUCAUGCGCAUGUGCAACAAGAGGGUAGACCGACAAGGCAUAUGUUUACCAUUAGCAUUGCUAGCGUUAGCUUAGCCAACUCCUUCGCCACUAACGGCGCAAGCUGAAAAAUCAAACUUUUACCAAAAUCCGUGGUGAGGAGAGUCACAAUAUCAUGGCCACCAACAGAACUCAGCAAAGAUUGUUCAGCGUUGCCACAACGGACCAAAUGGCUUCGCUCACAUCUUUCUCUACCGCCAUUACGGAACUACAACUCUAGCGCACGGCCUCAACGUCAUUGUUCUCAGCCACUCCCUCUGUUUGCUGAUUGGACCGGUUAAGAUCUGACUGGAGAUAACCCAAGAAUGUACCGCAAACCCAUACGGCAUACUGAAGGGAAAUUAAUAUUGAGCCAAAGUACGUAGGAGGGCGGAGCCAGGCUAACAGAACAUUAGCAUUGAACAACAAUCUCUUAUCCUGAAGAGAUGCAUGUCAAUGUGAUUCUGAAGGGGCACCAUCACCUCACCAUCAACCUAUGUAUGCAGCUCAGUUUUUUUAAAUCCCUUUGCAUUUAACAUCACAUUCAUUCAGACUUUGUCAUAAUGCUUAAGAAAUUCCCAUGUGAUUGUCUACAGAUAUAUAGGUAAAGUAUGUUGGAUAGAAAUGGUACAAUGCAUGUGCAAAGUAAAGAUAGAAGUGACCUUAGAAGAGUAACUCUGGGAGAAAAGCACUUGUCUGUGUGAAGAGGAUUUAGCUAAUGGUGCAUUUGAUGAUGAUGAGGAAUUGUACAGUGGAAAAAAAUAUGUAACAUCCCGAAAACAUUUCAUCUUGUCAUGCAGUGCCAUAUGUCUGAAACAUGUCUGUGUUUUGUCUGUUGUGAUGAAAGAACAUAUUAUUGACAUAACUUACAAAGGAGUCUGAAUCUGAAAGAAAUGAUUGGUGGUACCAAUGGUGGUUGCCAAGGUUAGAAAUCUCUACCCAUCAUGGCCAACGUUAAAUAAUUAAAUAAUACAUUUCAAAAUAAAAAUGCAUUAUUUAACUUUGAAUGCAAUGAAUAACACACUGAUUUCAUGAUUUUAUUUGGAAUAAACCAACAUGCAUAAAUGAACCACGUAUUGGGAAAUAACUGAAAGAAAUAUUAAAGCUCAACUCAUUAUUAUGCAACUCUGUCUCAUAAAAAUGACAUUACCAUAGAACUAGACUGCAUUCUCAAUUAUGUUUUUGAGAAAAAUGUAUUUUCUUACUUAACUUAAGUUGUUAUGUACGUAAGUUAAGUAUGUUACGCAAGUAACUACAUAAGUUGAAAUAGGUCAACGUUGACUUUUGGUUUCCCACAGGACAUGAGCAGCGCUCUCCUGGGUAAAAAUCCCAUGUUUGAUUGAGCUUAGUCUAAAUCGACGGCAUUCCACGUCCAGGGUAGUUCAGGUGUCGGCGGAUCGACUAUGGUUAACUGCUCCUCAGAUCCACAGCGCUGUGGAGGAAGGUCUGGCUAGACUAGGUUGACCUAGACACAUCCAUUCACCCCACCCUCAUCCCUACAUGGACUUUGAGCAUGGACUGUGAUUAGGAACGUACUUGUGACGUGUCAAAACAAAUGUAAUCUUGGACAAAAUACAUUUCAUGUAUGGGAACAUCCUUUUUAGGAGACAGGGCUGUAUUUAAGAUAUGUUCUGUGUUCAUACAUUGGAGUUCAUUUCUAUUUAAUAUAGUACAUUUUAUGUGGAUUUUUCUGGAACAGUGUGACUGAAGUUUUUUCAGUGACAGAAAGGUCCAAAACUGAAAACUGCGAUCUUCAAAUGUUAUUACAUUCUAGACUUGGCCAGAUGUGAACACCUUGACGACUACACACACACACACACACAGACAGACAGACAGACAGACACACACACACACACACACAGACACACAGACAGACACACACGUAUACACCUUUCUUGUGUUAUGUGUGUUAUUUAUGCUUUUUUGCCCAUACACUUCAAGUUACCUGCCUUUGUAAAAAGCUAUUGUAUGUCCAUUCUCAGAGACAAUAUGGCACAGAAAAUUAAGAAAAUAGAAAGUUACACUGAAAGCAGUUAAUGGCUCUCACGCAAAAAACAAGGAUUUAAAAGAAUACGUCUAUUUUUUCUCGUUUUAAUGCUUUUUUUAGAAAGGGAAUAUGUUCAAAAGAGGCAGUGGGUAUAUUUUUAGAUGCAUGGAUAUUCAAUGACAAGUUGACAGGUUAAAUUUGUACACUCAAUUCUGUUUUGCAUUUUCACACACAAAAACUACUUUUUUAUUUCAUUGCUCUUGAGGAUUGUUCAAGGGAGCACAACAUAGAUAUUUUUGGAUUAUAAUUGGAAUCCGAUGUCUUGAGAAAUGACAGCCAAUGUAAGGUGGUGUCCAAUAUUUGAUACUAGAUGUAGCAUUUGUGGAAGAUGAAAAGAAAUAAUAUAUACGUUAUAUACAUUGGUCAGUGUACAUAAUAUUUUGGAUUUCAGUUACAGUAUAUCCUACUAUCACAUGUAACCAUUGCUAUUUUGGGGGGAAUAGACAAACUGCUUGAACUAUGCAAAUGAUUAAAAAAAAUAAACAAAUAAUACGCUUGCUUUCAGAAAACCUUGCAAUAAAGUGAAUGUAUACGAAUAAUGUGUUUCUGUAGAUGCUUCUGAAUUCAUCCCAGUAUUUUGUAUGAUAGAAGAUGUCUCGCUGCCUGGAAUGACGAUCUAUUUACUGCUCUCUCUAAUUUUACUCAACUUGUUGAUGAUGAAGUUCACUGCCAAAAAGACUACUGAGGUUUACUGUCCAGCGGCCCGUUGCCACCUGAUGAUAUUCCAGAGUCGUUAUAUCAAAUUGUAUGUCUGAAUGAAUAAAGUGCAAAAAAC